AUGUCACAAGGCUCAGGACCCAAACGCACAACACCAGAAACAGUCUAUAAUGAUAUCUUGGUGUCGGGGCGUGGAGACUCCUUCUUCAUCCGGACGCACUUUGAGUAUGAGAAGGAGACCCCUCAGAGCCUGGCCUUCAGCCGGGGGGACGUCUUCAAGGUUGUGGACACGCUGUACGACGGGAAGCUGGGCAACUGGCUGGCUGUCCGUGUGGGCAAGGACAAGCAGCUGCUGGAGAAGGGCCUCAUCCCCAACAAGAGCAGAGCGGAGCAGAUGGCCAGUGUGCAGAGUGCUCAUAAAGCAGUGGUGGGCGAUCGAGCGGACUUCUGGAGGUUGCGAGCUCAGCGCUCUGUGAAGAGGAAGGACCUGAGGAAGAGCAGGGAGAACCUGAGCGCUCAGACCCUGGCCACCCGCUUCCCAGCAUACGAACGGGUGGUGCUGCGAGAAGCUGGUUUCCGCCGCCCCGUGGUUCUGUUCGGGCCCAUCGCUGACGCUGCCAAUGAGAAGCUGGCCUCCGAGAUGCCCGACCUGUUUGUGGUUGCCAAAACCGAGCCGAAAGACGCCGGAUCAGAGAAGUCCUCCGGAGUGGUUCGCCUCAACACCAUCCGACAAAUCAUCGAGCAGGACAAGCACGCCCUGCUGGAUGUGACCCCCAAGGCAGUGGACACCCUGAACUACACCCAGUGGUACCCCAUUGUCAUCUUCUUCAACCCAGACAGCAAGCAUGGCAUUAAGACCAUGAGACAGAGGAUCGCCCCUAACUCCAACCGCAGCGCCCGCAAACUCUACGAACAGGCCGUCAAACUGAGGAAGACCUGCGCUCACUUGUUCACUGCCACCGUUGAUCUGAACUCAGCCAACGACGCCUGGUACGGCAGCGUCAAAGACUCCAUCAGAGGGCAGCAGAUGCAGGCGGUGUGGGUUUCUGACGGCAAGCUGGAGGUAGUAGAGAGUGAUCUGGACUGCCAGGACGUGGAGCGUCUGUCCUUCCUGUCCGCCAUGUCCGCUGAUUACCUCAGCAUGGACAGCCGGCUGACCUCUGACCUCGAAGACACCGCCGACGAGGGCGGGACCUACACCGAUAACGAGCCGGAUGUAGAGAUGAUGCACAUCUCAGCCAUCAGCCGCUCGUCUGAACCCGUCACAGCUGAGGAGAUCUUGCGCAGGUACAGUCCAGACAUCCGGAGUCGCUUAAGGAAACUGAGCAGCCGUGAAGUCCUCAGCAGGUCCAGUCCUCCACCUGUCUUCUCACCAGACGGCAAGGUGAAACUGUCUCUGAGGGACGAUCCGGCCACUUUGUCAGGAUCAACUAACUCACACCAUCACCACCGUCAGCACCACCCUCCACCCCCCAGCUCCAGCAGAAGUUACGAUUCUCCCUCCAGCAGCAGCCCGGCCAGCAGCAACAAUGACCCACCCCCACUCAUCCCCCGUUCAGCAGCUUCCUCCGGCCCGCUGCCCCUGCCUCCAGCUCACCACUUUAACUCCUGCAGCAAAAUGUGGCCUGUGGGAGCGCCUCAACCCCCCCCCAUUCUUAGGUCCAUCAGUUGUGGGGGCACGGCAGAGGCUACAGUGCACCCCCCCGGGGCUCUUUCCGGUGCCCUGGCAGCCUGCAGGCAGCAGGAGGAGGCGGCGCAAGACAGCCCUGGGGAGGACCCCUCCCUCAGGUCCUUCUAUGGGAAGAUCAAGGCCUUCGAAAAGAUGGAUCACUUCGCCCGGGCCCAGAGGAUCCUGGAGCUGCAGGAGGCGCAGAGUGCCAGGAUGGAAAUGGCUCAGAAGCACCCCGACAUCUACGCCGUUCCUCUGAAGGCGGCCAAGCUGGAGCACAGCCGCCCUCAGCCUAUCGGGUCCAGCUCCCGCCCUGGACCCCAGACUUCUCCGUCCUCCAGGGAGGGGCGUCCCUUCUGCCCCAGCGAGGAGCAUGUGGAGGAGGAGGCAGCGCCUGAAUACUACACCGCCAACUCCUUCCAGUACCAGGACACCCAGCUGUAGCUGUCCUGGACACAUGUUCAUGCACUGCAGCUGCAGUCUAUAACACAUCCAUGCCAUCAUGCCCUGCACAAUAAGCUGCUGACUCUGAACUGACUCUUGCUUCUUUGAUAUUAAAGGACAAAAACUUUUAUUUUUGAUUCACAGAAGUUUAAGCAAUCUCACUAUCCAUUUGGAUUGGAACACUGUCCUCACUUAACUUUUUACGUUUAUCUAAUGGUUUAUUUAUUCUUUACCACUUUUAAAGGGUAAACUGAGUAAUCAGGAACCACUUGUUUUCUUGCCUAUGCAACUCUUCAGUUCGUGCACAGCAACUGAAACGUAUUGCCACGAGUUUUGCUCUCACGAAAACCUCAACAAACCUAAAAACCACAAUGCGCUUUAUCAUCUCUCCCCAUCUUUUUCAAGCUACUAUUAUUGCCAGCUACGAUCAAUAAAUGUCACCUAUAUUAUGAUAUUCAACGUAUAUAUGUAUAUAUAUAUAUGCACAGUAUAUAUAUGUAUUUAAAGUCAAGUGUUUAUACUCUGUAUUUGCAUUCCUUCGUAUAUGACAAUGCCUGUGUAUACAUGCAGUAUAUAUCUAUAUAUAGUCUAUCUAGUUACACUGGAAUUUGUAAUAAUUUUUUGAAGUGCCUUUUACUUUCUCAGUCCCAUGAGGUUCGGGUUGUGUUUCCUCUGCCCCUCAGCCGCCCAGCCGUAUUAAAACCUCUGCUGCUGUCAAGCUUAAAGGGAAACCAGGGAACCAGUGAAACCAAAAUCUCAAUGCUGAGCCCAUACACCACACACUGUACUGUCAGGAUUUUAGAAAGAGCUAACACUGUCUGAACGCUAGAAUCCAUCCACAGCAAUAUCAGUUUGAGACUUUACGUGUAAAUAAUGAGAGUAGUUCAAAAGUAUUAUCUGUAAAGGCCUGGUCACUCCGGGAUUAAGGUGGCAAAUCAACAGAUUUCAAUAGAAGCUGCAAAAUGUGCGGAAUAGCUCGCAGGGUUAGGAGUUCAAGUUUAGUGAAAUCAAGUAUUAACAAAUAGUGAAUUGUGUUGACACGCUGAUCUUUGAAGGAAAUUAAGUUCAGAUUGUCAAAAGAAAAAAGAGGCUAUCAUAGCUUGUUAGCUCUGUUACACUUUUUAUAUAUACUUAUAAGGCAAAGGCUUGCAACAACACAAAUUAUUUUUGUUGCAGCCCUACUGUUUCCACCUUCGCAUGUUGGCAACGGCUAUAGGAGCUUGGUAAAUCCUCCUGCAGACAGUUACUGCAUCACCAUGCUGCAAGAUAAACUCAUUUAGAUGCGGCUUGCAAUACAUUUAGCUGAGCCCUUUCUGGUGUGACCGGGCCUAAUAAUUGCUUUUCGUCAUUGUUUCCUUCUUUGGUGCUCAGCAGUACCGCCCAGCCACAAAGGGUUUGCCAGUUUGAACUGAGCGGCCAGUAGCGAGAUGUCUUGAGCCUGGGAUUGUUUUGUUGGUUGACUUUCAGCAGGUGAUGCCCUUUUCUGUCUGUUCAGCCAUGGAGGCUAUCACUGCCUAUGCUAACAACCCUGUUAAAUGAUACGGUUGGUGACAUUCUACAUUUUUCUUAUUGUCAACAAAUCCCAUGUGCAGACCCAAACCAACAAUGAAUGUAUCCACUAACAAGUAUUGUGUGUGUAUCCAACACCUGAUACUGAAUAUCUUAUUUCUCUGUGCCAUAGAGCUCUAAUGUUGGUCACAAAACUGUAAGAGGCUCGACCAGAGCAGCAAGAGUGGAUUAAUCCGCUGCUGAAAAUACUGCAGUCCCCAACAAAUGCACUAUUUCCUCCUGUUUGAAAAAUAACUAAUGUGUUCAGUUCUUUGAAAAUAAUAAACUAUAUAUUUGUGAGCUUU